AACUAACUCAACAGCUUCAAAUCGAUUCUAUUUAUAGAACUAUCGUUUUCUAAAUUGUCUCAUUUUUCUCUCUCAAAAACGUCACGAUCGAUUAUACUUUGUUGUGAUGACCACGCAUGAAAUGGCUAAUCAAGUGUCACCGGGCGGGCAUUAGUAAUGACAUGUUCAUCACUAAAUGAAGGCGAGAGAAAUAUCGGGAAACCAAUUAGGCAAGCCGGGAGCGAGAGUGGUCUGAGCUCGGAGCGCCUCCGCUUGCCCCGAUGAAAAACAUCCCGUAAAGGUGGUUUCCGCUUUAUGUACCGGUACCUAAUUUUAGCGAUUCGAAAAUUAGCCAAAAAACGAUUCGAAUAAUUUGCGAUUCGAUUUCGAAUAUUUGGUUCGCUUGGACAGCCCUAACAGUGGUACCAAUAUGCGACAUUUGUGUCUAUAUUUGCGAGCCAUCAUUAAACGUUUCGUUCAUAAUGAAAUAAAUUUUCUGUAAUGUACGGAGCCCAGUAAUUUUGAAGUUUUCUAAAUGGAUCUUUGGUGAAUACAGUUGAGUAGCCCGGCCAUAUACCACUUGAGUGAUGUUCUAGUUCGCUUCGUUAGUCGUUUUGUUGAAUAUUCAGGAUUAGCGUAGUGGAUUCUAUGCACCUUUUAUGUGAUAUCGGUCUCGUAUCUUGACUUGAUCCUGUUUUCCGGGUUUAUCAUAAAAUGUAUACCACACUUUCGUGAUCUUUUAGUUUGGUCCACAGCAAGACUGCCCAACCCGCGGCUCGCCAGACUGUUUUUUGCGGCCCGCCCUAUGAAGUUUGUAAGCAGACUUUUAUGUUUUUUCUAUGUUAUAUAUAAAAUAUGUAGGCUAAAUUAUGUUUCGUGAUUUUGGGGCAAAUAUUCGUGCCAUCUAUCUACAUUCAAAUGCCGGUUCUUGUUAUUACGUAUGUGUCAAGGCUUGCAUCCUAGUGGACAUUAACGUUGAUUUUUUUUUUAUUUCUCACAAAACUGAGCGUUCUGUUCGACGAACUCGAAAGAUAUUGUGCGAUCAUUGAGGACGAAUGCUGAGUGCAAUUAUAGGAAUGAAUUUGGAGUCUAAAUUUGCAAAUUAAUUUGAUUUUGAUUGUUUUCUUACGUGUCUGCUUUGAUCGUAUUUAUCGACAACGUAAAAUUAAAAGCCAAUAAUAUCUUUGGUACUGGUCCCUGGACUCGUUGUCCUUUUAUGUUUGUUUGUUUUUAUUUAAUUUUUGGGUUAAAUAAGAUUUCGGAAAUGUCGUCACGCGUAUUCGUCAAUAAUUCUGAUGAAAUUGACUUAAUGGCAUUGCUGCAUAUUGGUCACAAAUCAGUAUAUGGACUAUUCAUGCAGAAAUUUUUGUAAUGUUACUUCGUUAAAUACUUGUAUAUGUGUUUCAAAUUCACGAAACUGCCCACUCAAACUUGAUAUUCCCACGACAUUGUCGCACAUUAUGCUCAUUUAAACAUUGAGUCAGUAUCAUAGCUACUGCAAAAUGAAUGAAUAAAAACACUAUAACGCAAAUAUAACAAUCAAUUUCGACGUGAUGUGUAUGUUCUCGUGUGGUUGUCAAAAACGCAAGUGUCAUGUCCACGCCCCGCGUUAUCAGAUAUUCGAAUAGUAAACUGCUAUUCUAAUAUUCGACUUGAUAUUCGAAUAAUUUGCCAGCCCUAUUCAGUAACCAGAGAGCAAUUAAUAAAUUGAUUGAUUUUAUGUAAACUUGCCUUUUACGUAUUAUGUAAAUUACCUACACCGAAAUCAGGACUUAGCUGGUAUUAAUGUUUGGUACAAACGUUUGCGGCCCGCAACGUACUGUGUCACUAUGAUUGCUGGAUUGUGAAUUCAAAAUAUUUUUUGCUGAAGCAGUUAAGUAUCAAAAUUGAAGAUUUCCGAUGUCAGUUUUCAUUUAGUUUGUCACCCCAAUUCAGUUUUGAGGAAUCAUGUUAUAAACCUUUUCUUGCAGAAAACAUAUAUCUAUUUAUUCCCAGAACUUCACAAUGACAUUAGUUAUGGCAGAGACCCCAUGUCGUAAAAUCCCAGAUGGAUUUUACAGGAUUGAACUCCACAAAACAGAUUGGGAAGUUCCUAUGAAAUAUCAAGAUUUGUCGCCGAUUGGUACUGGUGCCUAUGGUUCUGUGUGUUCAGCACUGAACACUGAACACAAACUAAAAAUGGCUGUAAAGAAGCUGGCCCGGCCAUUUCAGUCUGUUAUACAUGCAAAGCGAACCUAUCGGGAAUUACGAAUGUUGAAACAUAUGCAUCAUGAAAAUGUCAUUGGCCUCUUGGAUGUUUUCACACCCUGUGAGAGUGGGUGUGAUUUUGAUGACCUAUAUUUUGUUACUCAUCUAAUGGGAGCUGAUCUGAAUCAAAUAAUAAGAUCACAAAAAUUGACAGAUGAUCAUGUACAAUUUCUUGUUUAUCAAAUACUCCGUGGGUUAAAAUAUGUUCACUCAGCGGAUGUUAUUCAUCGCGAUUUGAAGCCAAGUAACAUUGCUGUGAAUGAAGAUUGUGAAUUAAAGAUUCUUGAUUUCGGUCUCGCUCGACAAACAGAAGAUCAGAUGACAGGUUAUGUUGCCACUAGGUGGUAUCGUGCACCUGAAAUAAUGCUAAAUUGGAUGCAUUAUAACCAAACAGUUGAUAUUUGGUCAGUAGGAUGCAUCAUGGCUGAACUACUCACAGGAAAAACACUUUUUCCUGGUACAGAUCAUAUAGAUCAGUUAAAGCGCAUCAUGAAUCUUUGUGGAACCCCAAGUGAUGAUUUACUACAUAAAAUCAAAUCAGAAUCUGCUCGCACUUUUAUUCAAUCACUGCCUAGAGUACCAAGGAGAGAUUUUGUUCAGGUGUUUGUUGGUGCAAAUCCCAAAGCUAUUCAGCUUCUAGAGAAAAUGCUUAUAUUGGACACGAGCAAAAGAUUGACAGCAGAAGAGGCGUUACAACAUCCAUAUUUGGAAAAGUUCCACGAUCCUGAAGACGAACCGACAGCAGAUCCUAUCGAUCAGUCAUUUGAGGAAGCUGAGAUGUCCAUAGAUCAGUGGAAAAAACUCACUUAUGAUGAGGUGAAAUCAUUUGAAUUUAGCCCAGAUCUUAUAGCUGAUUAUAUUGACUAACUACUGUUCAUAGCAUCAUUUGUUUAUCUAUUCCAAUAAAAUAACUGGAAUUGUAUAAUCAACCAACCAAGGGCUAUCAAUGUAUCCAUUCUCCGAAGCCUUGACGCAAUUUAUUUUUUAUUGGAUAUUCUGUCUUAAGAAGAUUGUGAAAGAUGUAAAUUUGGCACUUUAAUAUUCACUCUUUCAUACUUUUUGAUGUUGUGAGCCGGACGUUGUCCAGUUAAUCACUGGUGGUCAGCCAAGUGCUCAUUUAUAGUAUCAAAAUGUUUUAUGCAAUGCAAAUUUACAAAGGAGGUAUGGAGUAGCUGUCUGUGUUCAAAUAAUCAGAAAUCUAUUAAUUAAUAAUUCACAUCAAAAUGAAUGUUAGCCUAAGCUUUCAAUUAUCCCAGGAGAGGCACAUAUAUCUUUUUACAGCUUUUUUACAUUUAUAAUGACAAUUGAAUUGUUUCUUGGAUUUUGAUUGGUAUUAUUCUUUAAUAACAUUUAUUGACUGAAUAUGAACUUGACACUCUGUUAGGCAUGAAUAUCAGAAAACUGCUAACAAGGAAAUUUUAGACUGGUACAUGUGAAAAUCCAGUUGAAACACUAACGGAAACAACUCAUCAUUAUUUGUGUGUUAUUGUUUUCAUUGCCACUCCAAUAAAUUGGUGCUCAAAGGCUAUCAAUGGGCCUUGAUUAAAUAUUUCCGCCUGGAAAUAAUACAGCUUUUUUGACUACAUGUGUUGCAAUGUCUACUAUAUAUCGGUUUCAUAUUACCCAAUUUGCAAAUGAUUUGGCAAUAUUUAAGAUGGGGAAUGGGAUAUGAGAGCUUCACAACAGUGUACUUGUUCCCUUAUAUAUAUAUAAACACUUGCACCACAAAUUCAUUAUCUCCUGCACCAAACAAUCAGCAACUGGUAGUUAAAUAGUUUCAAAUAUUAAAUGUUAAGAUUUGUACCAAUCAUGUUCAAUUUUUAUAAUACUCAGUAAAUAUUGUUGAAACUGCAGGAUUUGAAUAAAAGUUCUGUCAAAUAUAUGAAUUUUUAUGUUGGAAAGACAUGUUUAGAAUUUUGAUGUUGGGGUGAAUUGACACAAAAAUGUGACAUUGUAGCAAAAUCUGGGGUGAUAUUCUGGCUUCUGGUAAAUCACAUUUAUAUUUUGUAUUGAGAUGAACGUAAAUAAAAACUAAGUUUGUAGUAUAUAAAACGCUGAACACUUUGCAUAUAACUAUUUCAAUGUGCUUAGCAAGCUGCUGAGCUUAUAUUUGUCGUGAGUUACUGAUCCACUAUCAACUUUGUCAAAAGAUAUUUCAGUACAUGCAUUUAUUUUCUGCAUUAAUCUUCACUAUACAGACUUAAAAAAAAUAAUCUGUUUUUGCUUUCUUGGAAAUUUGGAUCGGCCAGUACUUAUUACCAGAAGAUCAGAAAUGUACCCAACUUUAUAUGCAAAUCAAUAUACCGAACUUGCCACGUUAGUAUAUUAUCUUUUGCAUCUCUGAAUGGCGUUAUCUGGUUGAAUUGUGUCGUUUACACAGAAAUCAUCCAAUUUAAAAUGCUAGAUUGUUUGUGGAAUUCCAACUGAAACUAGUUAUUUGUGGUACUACUACAUAAUUUCAUUAUUCAUGAAUUGGUUGCACUUUUUUUAUCAACCACCUGUGCCUCAAGUAUUUUAGUUGUCUAUUGAUGCUGUUCAUGUAUGUUCAAAACCUGAAUCAUGAGAUUAGACUUGCCUACAUUUAUGAACAUAGGAAUAGUUAGUAGUCACCUUUUAGUUUCUCUUCUAACAGAAUAUUAAUUUUACCAUUAUUAUUUGUGCCUUAUUAAUAUUAUUUUUGUAUUGAAUAUUAUUGUCUAAAACAUUUCUAUUUGUAAAUACUGUACAAUGCACAUUUCACUUGAAUCAAGAGAUGAAAAAAUCUCAGAGCAAUCCUAAUUGUUCAAAUUUGUAAUAGAUGUUUCCCUGACUAUUGACCUCAGACAAAUUCUUCCUAUACUCUAUAAUUGCAAAAAUAUUGAUGCUUAUUUUGAGGCCGUUUUGGCGAGUUGGCGUUUACCAACUAGUUUACAUGUUUCAUAACCAUAAUUUUGAUUCAAUACAUUCAACCAUCAUCAGUAUCGAUGCCUAAUUUUAGUCUGGUCUAUGGCAGCUAUUUCGUAACAAUUUUGAAAACUGCAACUAUACCUACAAAAUGACCACUGAUUGAAUAGCUCGCAAAAGCACUUAUACGAGCUAACGUUCAUACCAUGUCAGAGUGAAUAAGUGACACUUUGCUUAUUAACCAAUGAUACAGAAAUAAAUAAUAGACUCGAUGGUCGGGGAAACAUCAUUUGUAAAGAUCAUUGACUGAUUGCAGAUGUUAGGCACUAAAAAUUUUCUUGACUAAUUCUCGCAGAAAAUGAUGCAAUUUUAUGUGAACUUUUUAGUCAUAACAUCCAGCAUUGUACACAACUAAAAAAAGCUAACAGCCUGAAAAGAGUCAUGACUGAUGCAAUGGCAAACUUUUUUUUAUGCCAAGCUGAUUCUGUAACAGCUUGAUAUAUCAUCCUCAUUAACAACGAUUUACCGAAUAUGUCAACACUGAUGCUUUUGUUCUGUAUAUAUUAUAUGAGUUGUACCAAGAAGAACAUAUUAUGUUGUAUCAAA